AUGCGUUACGAUGUUGACGGUGAACCACAAGCGGAAUUGAACCAGCCCGACGGCACUGUAAUGGCAGCUCUUCGAUUCAGAGGUGUACAGCACUUGAAAAGGCAGACAAAAGAGCUUCUGCUUUUGCUAAGGACAUUAUGUCGAGACAUGCCAACUCCAUUGCCAGUUGGGGCGUCAGCUGCUAUUCGCAUAACAUACACAGACAGGACUCCGAAAGGGUAUCAGGCACCAGGCUUCUACCGUUCUCCCGAAGAUCCUGUUCUUCGUCCGGAUGCGCGGCUUAUAAAAGUGUCUACAUUGGAAACCAAAUAUCAUUGAGCCUCUGUCGUAGCGCGAAUUGUGUUUACUGACGAACUGGACGAUGGAGAUGGUAACGAUGCCUAA